CGCCGGGCAAUGCGCGCCGCCAUUACUGUGAACUGUCAUAGUGUGAGGAUUUCCAUCGCAGGAAUCACUGAACUCAGAGGCCAGACUGACAGAUAACCCGCUCCCGGGUCUCCACUCCUCACUCCGAGUGUUCAUGGUCCAGCUGUCGUUCCGUAGCGCAGCCACAUCAUGGUCUGGUGCUCCAGAGUCCUGCUCAGGAAGUAUGGUAACUUCGUAGACAAUCUGAGAGUCCUAGUCAAAGGUGGUGCUGGUGGAAUGGGCCUUCCUCGAUUAGGAGGGGAAGGAGGCAAAGGAGGUGAUGUAUGGAUGGUGGCAAACAAAAGCAUCUCCUUAAAGAAAAUAAAGGACAAGUUUCCACAUAAACGAUUUAUUGGCGGAGUUGGUGGCAACAGCAGUGUUCGUUCUCUAAGAGGUGAACCAGGGGCAGUUUGCGAGGUGGAUGUCCCAGUAGGUAUAACUAUCACAAGUGACAGUGGAAAUAAAAUUGGGGACUUGAAUAAAGAGGGAGACCGGUUACUUGUUGCCAGGGGUGGCUAUGGAGGCACAUUCAGGACAGAAUUUAUACCAUCGAAAGGCCAGAAACGAAUUGUCCGCUUGGACCUGAAGCUCAUUGCGGACUUUGGAUUAGUUGGGUUUCCAAACGCUGGGAAAUCAUCUUUACUAGGAAGAUUGUCGCAUGCCAAGCCCCAGAUUGCUGACUAUGCGUUCACAACAGUGAAACCAGAACUGGGGAAAAUUAUAUAUCCUGAUUAUAAGCAAAUCUCAGUAGCUGAUCUCCCGGGAUUAAUUGAAGGCGCGCACAUCAACAAAGGGAUGGGGCAUAAAUUUCUGAAGCAUAUUGAACGGACAAAGCAGCUUCUGUUUGUGGUUGAUGUCGGUGGGUUUCAGCUUUCGUAUAAAACACCACAUAGAACUGCGUUUGAAACUGUGCAGUUGCUGACAAUGGAGCUUGAACUAUAUAAAAGUGAGCUUUUAGGCAAACCUGCAAUACUUGCUGUUAAUAAAAUGGAUCUACCAGAUGCAGAAGACAAAUACCAAGAGUUAAUGGAACAGCUUAAAAAUCCUAAUGAAUAUCUCCAUUUGUUGCCAGAUGGCCUGAUUCCAGAGCACCAACCUGAAUUCAAGUAUGUCCUCCCGAUUUCUGCGGAAACUGGUCAAGGUAUCCAGGAUCUUAUCAGUUGCGUUCGGAAGUCAAUUGAUGAACAGGCUGAUUUGGAAACCAAAGAACAAACUGAAAAGAAACUCCAGAGCCUUCAAACCAUGCCGUCAGAGAAUACGAAAAGGAGUGUGUGGAAGAGGCCGGCAGCUACUCCCUGAUAUACCGGCUACAGCGCCCGUUAAUAAAAGUGUAUAUUUAUGUACAGUGUAAAAUGACAUUAAAGAUAAACUUGUACCCCCA